AUGCAUACACAGACGGCCAGGUUCUGCUGGAGGUUUUCGGCAGCAUUGCGGAGUGACACCAUUAACAUUGCCUUCGGAAAUGCCGCGGGUCUGCCGACCCUACAAACAGGGCAGUGGUAUGCCAUCGUACUUCUCGCGGAAGUUCUGGGGCUGGAGGCAGCCUCUGCAGACGCGUUCCGUCAGGCCGCCAGCGCCGCCGCCCUGGCGCUGACCCUGCGCUGCGGAAGCCAGGCCUUGGAAUCCUCUCCAUUGGACAUCCGCGAACCUGGUGGGGUUCUGGAGCUGCGCUCGCUGGGCAGCGCGGCAACCCUGGAGGUCGCCCCUGGCAGCACCACGCGACUGACCAUGAAAGGCCUUCUUGGCUCCGGGGCCAUCGAGAAGCUUCGCAUGGUCUUCCUUCCCAGCUUCGGCCCGCAAGCUUGGAGCGUCGAGGGGUCUUCUGUGGCAGCAUCUGUCCAAUACUGGUCGAGUGCAGACGCAACAGGGCAGCCGGCAGGCAGCCAAAGCAUUUCAGGCGUCAGCCUGACUCUGAGCACCCGCGCCGGUCUACCUGCGACAGUGCUGGAUCUGCAGCUCCCGGGCUGGACUUCGAUGGGAAGCCUGGAGGUGAGCCUCGCGCUUGCCGCCGCAUCUCCCUUGCAAGGCCUCGCCACAGGCUUUGCCGCGCAUGCCUACGUCUGGGCAGAGCUGCGACGAUCAACGAGAUGUCGCAAAGCUGCAGUCUCCCUCUUUCAGCUUGCCGCCGAGCGAGCUCAGUGGCUUGACUCUUGUGCCUUCCUCACUCAUGGGUGGUGCCAGCCAGCAAGUGGAGCUCCUAGUUCGCUUGGGCUUCGUGGCGCGUGGGGCGACCCUGCAAAUCACGCCACCGGCUGGAAUCUUGGUCACGGGCCAUGGGCCUACACCUGCAGGCAUGCGCUCGCAAGCGAACGCAAGCCUAGUCAGGAGGCACGCGCCGCUACCUGUACUUGCUGCAGGCCCUCCAGCCACCAGCGUGGUGACGCUGACAGUGCCGGGCAGUACGGUUCUUUGGCAGGCUGCCACCUACACCUACUCCAUGGAUGUUCAGAACCCUUCCUCCAUGACGUCGCAGAAUACCUGGUGCGCUCGGCACGCUUCAUGUAA